AUGACUGAAGAACCAGCUAUGACUGAAGAACAAGAUAACCAACUGAGGAACCAACGAAAACAAGAUGUGACUGAAGAACCAGCUGCGCCAGCGACAUGGAGCACCCGCGAGGAACCAGUCAGGACCGCGGAACAACUCAAGGAACCAACCACGGCAACAGAACAAGGCACAUUCGAAGGACCAAACGCCACAGCAGCUGCAACCGCAACGAAGGAGCCUCAGCAUGAACAUACGGGCGUCGCAGGAAGCACUGACAUGGCGAAGGGGGAGGAAACGCUGCCAAAGGACGCAGUGAGGACAGGAAGACGAAACGCACCCGAAGGAAAGGUCAAAGACCAACGCAGCGAUGAAGGGGACGUCCUGGAGACCCUUCCGCUAGCUAGGAUUCCUCCGUCGAAGCCCCCGAGACUCAGUCCGAAGCUCCACAGGACGUUUCGGAAGGAGGGUGAGGAGUCGAGUCCUGUGGAGCUCUCGGAACCUCGAAGACAAGUGCUUCAGGAAGGGAAAGGGCGAGAAAGGAAAGAAAAUAGAAGGGAAGGGAUGAUUGAUGAUCGGAAUGGCGACGGAAAGGCAAAGGCCGAGGACGUAAAUAGGGGAGAAGAUCGGAGUAAGGAAAAUACAGAAGAAGAGAAAGAGAAAGUGGUGGAAACGGAAGAGGAGAAGGAAUGGGAGAGGAGAGAAGAGACGGGGGAGAAGAAUAAGGAAGAGAAAGAAGAAAGAGGAAAGGGAGUGGAAGACAUCAAAGAAGAAAACAUAGAAAAGCAUGAAAUGGAAAGAAAAGAGAAAUUGCAAAGGGAGACGGCAGAGGAAAUCAAAGCAUCGGAAAGAGAAGAUACAGAAGAGGAAAUGGAAGAAGCCGAUAGAAUCGCAGCCGCCCGGGAGACAGAAGACAGUCUCGGCAGCGAGGAGGAGGACGCGCCGAGGGCAAGGGCGCGACGCGAGGCCACGGAGGGCGGCGGGGAGAUGCCCCCUAAGGCGCCGAGUACGUCGAAGGGUUUCCUGACUCCCCUGGCGAGGCUGUCGCGGCGAGGAGCCAAGAAGAAGAAGGCGCUCGGGGUCCCUUUCGCCAGGGAGGGCGCUCGAGAGGCGUCCUCGGCUGCCCACGAGGAGGAAGCUGUUCCGGAGUCAGAGGUCUGGAAGCCGAAGAAACCCCCGCGUCCAAGUCUGUGCGAGGCUUCACUGCGAGGCGCGGAGAAGGACCAGGACCCGUGCGGCGAGCACCAGCUGCCGCUGAACUUCUACUGCGCCACCUGCAGGGAGGUCAUCUGCCGGGACUGCAUGGCCGUGACGCACCCUCAGGACCUCCACAGGAUCCUGGAGACUGCCGACGCCCUCGCUACACUCCGCACCAGCGCCGUCACCCUCCUGCGACACUACACACUCGUCCGGUCCUUCCACGCGUCCCUCUCCGCCGCCCUCGAGAUGUACAUCGCCGACAACCCUACUAUGCCCAGCGCGGAGAUCACCGACCGCCUCAAGAUCGAGAGCGGCGACUACCUGCAGCAGGCGGUGAAGGAGGCGGAGGUCCUGGUGGAGAGCGAGGGCAACCUGCGCCGCUUCAGCUCGAAGGUCCGGGAGUGGGAGGCCCGCCAGGACGACUGGGGCUUCGUGGUGUCCCUGGCGCUGCGCUGUCAGCUCCUGGCCGGCUAUAAGUCGGCCAGCGAUAAGGUCUUUCUGAGAAUAGGGGACUGGGUGAUAGCUACCCCUUGGAUCUACCUACGGCACCUUCUAGAGCCUUAUCUUCCCGGGAAUGAUACCAUAGAUACAGCGAAUACUAAUCUGCAAGCUAUGCACUCUCCGAAGGUCAAACCCAGAAGUGCGAGUCCCAGGGGGCGCGAGAAAACAUUUCCCCACAAUGCCUGCCAGAUGGUGCUGAACAAUCUCCUGCCCUACGUCAUCUUCAACCCGGUGAUAAGGUACUUCCUCCAAAUCAGCGACCUACGCGACACGGAGGUGACGCUGGUGGUGGAGCCCUCCGGCGACCACGUCCGUGAGUACCUGAAGCGGCGCCACCACACGGCCACGCUCUCGCCCCGGACGCUGCGCAGGACCCGGGCCGGCUUCACCCUCGCCGACGACGCGCUCAACAUCGUCGAGAAGCAGUUCAUGAUGGGGGGGCGUCACAAGUCCCGGCUGGUGGGGUCGUACAUGGCCCUGGAGGGGGGACACGGCGCCGGGGGAAGGGAGGCAGGGAACGGCAUGCAGCGGAUUAUCAAGGUCAGCCUUCCCGACGUGACGGUCGCGGACGGGGGGCGGGGCCUCCCUUCCGUCGGCUGCAGGAAAGUCAACCAAGGGGACGUCAUGCUCGACCACGACGUCAUGGGCAGACCCGUCCUCAGCGUAGCCUUGAGGGACAUCCCCGACAUCUCCGCCUUCCGCCUCGGCCACGUCUCGCGAGGUCUCGACGGCCUCAUCUACCUCCUCGAGGCCGAAGAGCACCGCAAGGCCGAGACGUCGGGCCUCCGGGCGAAGAUCCUGGCGACGGUGCGGCGGGAGGAGGAGGCCAUCUACCAGGUCACCCUCGGCAUGGACAUCUGAGUGGCAACGCUCGGGAAAGGCAAACAAGGAAAUGGAGGAGGAAAGUCCGUCAAGAGGAACCGAGAGACAAAGCGAAAGUAAAUAGCGGAAUUUCUCUUACUGAAUAUAGGCGAUCUUUCUCA